UCGCCGCGCGGUCAGUCGUCGAAAUGUUCGAGAUCCGGUCGUUUUGAAAAGCAGCUCGAGCGGUCUUCUCGCGUGAAAUUGAAACUGAAAAAGCCGGUAAAACUGAAGCAAGUGUGUUGUGAUUGAGAAUUGAGCAAAACGAAAACGGUGGCCAAACGAGCCGUUUAAUGAGCAAACAGGCUGGCCAAUAACCAAUUACCAUCAGCCAUGCCAUCAAGGAAUCGUGAUAACGCAGACACAACCGGCAGCAAUUUGUUAAUUUGAAACGUCGUGUGUGUUCCUCUACGAAAAAAAAACAGAGUAAUUUACCAAGCAUUUAAAUUGCAUUUGUAGCAUAGCACUUUAGUUGCGCGUAGGAGGAACAGCAAGGUCGUUGGGGUCGAAUGCGAAUGUUUGUGAUGCAAGUGACAAAAUCAAAAUUGGAGUAAAUAGGUAGCCAGCCAUUCCUGUGAGCAUCUUCGCGUCGCGUAACGGUAAAUCUUUGCGCCCUGCGUGUCUUUGUGUGCGUGCGUGUUUGAGUGUACGUUUUUCGGUUUUGUUUUCAUCUCCUCCUUGCCGUCCUCCUUCUUCCACCUUCAAUUGCCAUCUCCUAAUUUCCUAUGCGAACGGAGAAACACGAAAAAGAAAAGUUUCGAAGACCAAAAUAUUGAUCAACUAUAUUUUUCUACCUGACAAAUUUUGAACUCAAAACAGACACUGGCGCACAAAAGAACCUGUCAUCUAGAACAUUAGAGGAGCAAUGCGGCGAAGCGGUGGCGCCAAACAAAAUGUGAGGAUAAACCAGCGUUGGAGCCAUUUGGGAUUAUGCUAAAAAUGCUCAAAGUGCGAUAUAAAUUUUUAUGAGUGUACGCGCUGAAUUUUUACGACUGUCUGGGGGCGGGGAAAAAUAAAUUAGAGAAAAUGCCCCAGGGAGGACGAUUUAAAACAAUACAAUAGCUUAAAGUGGCAACGGAAAUUGCAUGCAACCAGGAGGCGUGGCACUGUACGCCCACCGAGCACGUGACGCGCACACCAAGCCAACAGCGAAACUAAUAGAAGCCAUUUUGUAGCGCUAAUUCGCAGGACACACGUAAACGCAGCCCAGCUACGUCUUACGUAAAAUCACCACCCAUCUGCCACUCGGAAAUCAAGCAGAAACCAUACACCCCCAUACCUCGUCAUCAUCAUCAACAUGGCAGUUAGCAAUAUUGUCUGCGAGUGGCUAAGAGCGCUGGGCCUGGCCCAAUAUGCCGAGAGCUUCCUGGACAAUGGUUACGACGACCUGGAGAUCUGUAAACAGGUUGGUGAUCCCGAUCUGGACGCCAUCGGCGUCGAGAAUCCUGCCCAUCGACACAAGCUGCUCAAGAGCAUCCGAUCGCUGAGGGAAAAGGGCGCCGCAUCCGUCUACUUUAUGCUCAACGAUCCCAACUCGCUCUCGGGCAGCAUGGAGAUCCUCUGCGAAACACCGCCCAACAACGAACUGGAGCUCGUCCUGCGGGAGCAACUGGAGACGGACGGAGUCCGGCUGACUGCGCAUCCAUACUCAACACCGGAUGGACAACGCGGCCAUUUAGAGGGCCUGGCAUCCGUCUAUUGCGAGUUGCUAAUGGCUCCCUUCGGGGACAUUUUGGCCACUAUCGAGCGGGCGCGCCAGGCGGCCUGGGCGGAGCGGAGUCCGCUGCACAGUGCCGCCCAGGUGGUGGGCGGAUCAGGUGGGGCUGGCGGCAGCACGGGCAGCGGCAGCGGUGGGGCGGCCAGCGGUGGCAGCGGCGGCAGCAGCGGCGUACUGCACCACCGCCAGCAGCACGGCCAUCGUGGUCAUUCGAUGCACGGCGCCGGUCUGCCCAAUAGUCAUAGCCAGCCCAUUUAUGUGCCCGGAAAGUACUCGCCCUCGAGUUGUCUGUCCGACAAGGAGGAGGAUGAGAUCUACGGAUUCGGCUAUGGCGUCUUCGCACCCCGCGUGGCCAGAGGGUUAACACAACAGCAACAGCUGCUGCAGCAGCAGACGCUGCAGACGCAGCAGAGCAUACAGCAGCAGCAGCAGCUGCAACAGCAGCAGCAACAGUUACCAAUUGUGCCAGGACAACAGCAGCAAGGACCUCAUCAGCAUCAGACCCUGCCACCGAAUGUCGCGCAUUUGAACUUUGUGCAGCAAAACUGCCUGAGUCCGCGCUCAGCUUAUUUCUACGAAUUUCCACCGACAGCUGAGGGUCGCGAGACAAAGAAACGCACCACACUGGCCCGGCUGCUGAAAGGCUUGAAGACUGUCAAUCGACGGGAUCGGAACAAUCAACAGAAUGGCGCCCAGGCCAGGGCGGCCAACGAUCGUCUGCGGCACUUUCAAAUGAUAAACGGCGGCGCCGGCGGACAGCAGCACAGUUUCGAGGAGACAAUCCACAGGUUGAAAGUCCAAGAGGCAAUGCGGAAAAAGGAAAAAUUUCAACGUGAACACGAGGAGAUCCUGCGUGAUAUUCGACAGGGACUGUUGCAAAUGAGUCGCGGCGAAGGACGCAUCGACGAUACGUACAUGUACGACGAGGCGCUGAGAACGGGCGGCGGUAUGGGCAUCGCCGGACUGGGCAUGCCCCUCGGAGUGGGCGGCAAUGGUGGCGGCGGGGGAGCGGCCCAUUAUGCGGUGAGUGCGCUGCAUCAUCAAGGUCAUUGGUACGACGAGCCGCCCUACGAAAGCGAUCCCGAUGACUUUCUUAUGGCCGGGCUCAACUGCGGACCAGCUGCCACAAUUCAGGGUGGCCGUGUACGCUUCUCGAACAACCGCGAGAGCACGGGCGUAAUUUCAUUAAGAUCCGCCGGAGAUAUUUCAUUGCCGCAACGUGGACCGCCGCGUAGAGGUCUUAUCGUGCCGCAGCAGCCGCCAAAUCCACCGACAAUAAUACCCUUAACGCACGCCAGAUCUCAUGAUCGCGAAAGCGGCGACUAUGCGGGCUCCAUCUCAGACCUACAAAGCGUUACCUCCAGAUUCAGUACGGUGUCGAUUGGCACCAACAACUGCACGGCCCGCUAUCGAACCCUAAGCGGCGGAAUCGGGGAAUCGCCAUCGCUGUCGCCCAGUCCAUCGUCGGAUUACGAGGACAUCGGAGUGACCAGGGGCCACGGAUGCCUGCCGCCCAGCCUGCUGGCCGCUAAGGCCAAAAAGAACGGACUGCCGCACGGCAAGGCGAACACCAUUUGCCAAAAGGCCACGGUGCAUCAUUCGGGCGAGAUGCGUAGCUCGGCAAAGGAAAUUGGCGCAUUUAAUGAGAAUGGACGAAACUUUGUUGCCACAAAGGAUACGUCGAGGGAUUUUAGCAAUUCCCAAGAUAAUACCGACCGUGGCAGCAUGAGCGAUCAGGCGUUCGCCUGUUCGGCCAGCUCCGUGGAAAGUUUGCCGAGCGCAUCCGGUUCGAGCACCCAGGCUCUGGUUCGUCCUGGCAGUCCGCACAGCUCGAUUUCGGCCGAGGAUCGCACCUCGAUGGCCAGCUGCAUCUGCAAGGCCAAGGCUCUCGUGGAUAGUUUGCCCAAUCCCUACGACAAGGAGGCACUCAAAUUCAAGAAGGGCGACCUUAUCGAUGUGCUGUCGAUGAACGCCUCGGGCAUUUGGAAGGGACGAUGCCACGGCCGCGUGGGCCACUUCAAGUUCAUAAACGUGGAGGUGCUGCCGGAGCAGCGAAUGAAGAACUCCAGCAGCAAGACCCUGGCCCCCGGCUCACGUUUGGCUAAUUCUGGAAAUGGCAGCCACAAUGGUGGACCCUGCUCCGUGGAGGACCUGCUGAUUCGCAUCGGACUCAAGGAGUACACAUCCGUAUUCGUGCUCAACGGCUACGAGGACCUGGAACUGUUCAAGGAACUGGAGCCCGCUGACCUGGAUUACCUCGGCAUUCUCAACCAGGAGCAUCGUGCCAAGCUGCUGACGGCUGUGCAACUGCUGCAUGACAUUGAAUGCUCCGAUGUGGAUAUAGCCGGUUCCAGCUCGGAAAAUGAUGAAGCCCGCCUGAACAACAUCAAUAUGAAGCAUGGAGCUUCGCCCUUUGGUCGACGCCACUUUCCCCGCGACUCUGGAUGCUACGAGGGAUCCCCGCUACCCAGCUCACAGACACCCACCCAGGCGGUAAACUCGACGGACGAGUCGAACAGCCUGGACGACGUGGUGACCAAGUGUUCCAGUGAAAUCAUGAAGCGCGUGGAGAGCGCCCGCCGGUGCAAGGACAAUCCGUUCAAAACCACUCUGCCCGGCGGAGGACGACUGGGCAAGAAGUCCUUUCUCGGCGGCAACGGCCUUAUGGCGGACGAUACGCUCACGCGUGGAGGGCUUAGCGAGAAGUCGAGCGAUUCGGGGGUCAGCAGCAGUUCGCUAUCGUCGGGUCCGCUGAAGAGCAGCACUUAACAUUUGCCCACCAUACUGGCCCACGAGUUGCUGCUGGGCGUGGGUUCGGGCAUGGGCAUGGGUCUUGGUCUUGGCACCAUAAGUCAUGGCACCACCGGUACCCUGACGCCCCACGGAGUGGCCAGUUCCACCUCGCCUACCGCCCAUUCGGCACCGCUGGGAAACAUCUGCAACACGCUGCCACAUGCACCAAGCUCCUCCGGCGGCGGCGGCCUAUCUUCCUCCAUGGCCAGCAACCUGCCACUCAACCGGAAUCUGGUAAUGCUACGCAAUCACCUGCGCAAGAAUACGGGCGGUAGCAUUACCGGAAAUGGCGGCGUAGGAGCUUCCGGUGUUGGAGCACAGCUGCUGCAGGAUCAGGACGACAGACUGGAGGAUCAAUAACCCAUUUACUACAUCAAAUUCUUAGUUUAGUCUCCCGUUGAGUUAAGUGUAUUUCAAUUGCUGUGAUUCGAUAGUGAAAACAAAAGGCCAACACGCGUCUUUCAGUUCAAAUGUAUAGUAUGUAUAGAGAGAGAUAGACAGACAGUUAAGAGAGAGACCGGUAUAGUGAGGAUAUGUUUAAAGGAAAGAGAGAGAUAGCAAGCAGAGAUAGUAAGAGUCAGUCAAUCCUUCCUCCGAUAAUGUUGGCAUUUACACAAAUAUUUAACACUUAUAUAUAAAUACAGACUUUACAGACUUAUAUACAUACACAAUCUGCAGAAAAGAAGAAAUUUUAUAUACUUAGUGAUGUAACGAAAAUAUUUAUAUAUUUUGACUAUUUUUAGUUAGUUUGAAGCUAUGCAUUGAAUGAGACUUGUAUGAUUUGCCAUUUUAUUACUGUUUAAUUGCUUUGUGUAUGCAUAUUUCUCAACGUGAUAUUGUCAAACGUCCAACUUGAAUUGCAUUUUAAAUAGAUUCAUUUCCAACAUUUUAAUAAGAGACACACAUAGAAGUUGAUUCCUAUUUUAAGGCACUAAUCUGAGUGCAAGCAAUAGACCAAUUCAAUUUUAGCAACCAAACAAAACAAAAUAUUUACAAACAAAAAUAGAAAACAUAAGAAGAAACAGAACACCAACUGCCAUUCGAAACUAAUUUUAAUUUGUUAAUCUCGUAUAGGGACAAUGUAAAUGGAAUGAAUGCAUCGUGCAAAUCCGUCAAAAAACUUGUAAAAAUUAAUGCCGAAAAUUGCCAAAUCGAGCAAACAGAAGUAAUGUACGCUAAGCAAUAUUUUCAAAUCGUAGCGUGUCGUGUCCGGAUCGUGUGUACAUAUAUAGGAUGAUCCAGUUAAGAUCUAUUAUGCCACUUAUAGAAGAUAUCAGAUCGUAUACACUAUGAGCGAUUUAGCGAUAAUCAAAAGCAGACAAUGAAAUUAGUCAGGCAGCGCAAAUGUUUUUAAUCAGUUUUCAGCAAUUAGUUAAAUAAAUGAACGAAUAUUUAUCACGGCACAAGAACUACGAAUAACAUAUUUAAAUUAAAUCUGAUUAAAAUACAUAAUAAUUAAUAGCAUAACUAAGCGUAGAGCAUAUGAUUCUAAUAUAGCAAUUGACAAAAUGUAAAUGAGUUUAUUCGCAAAACGCUUUGACUUCUACUCAGAACGUAAUUAAACCUGAACAUAUUUUGUGACAUAAGAUAUCGAUAUUCAUAUUGUAACUCAAUUAAUUCUAAUCGCAAAUAAAUUAAAUCAAAUUUAAACAAAAAACAAAUCGCACGUGUUACAGCCCGACGAAGAUAAGGUUAAAGACAUAUAUAUGACAAGAGGAUGUGAAAUAGUGGAUUAUAGGCAUUUUUUUAAAUUUAACUCCAAAG